GAAAUUGGGGAAUGUUUUUAGUGUAACAACCAGGAGUUACAUUCCAGUCGGGCUCGGCUGUAUUCGGUGAUGGAGGGUAGAUCGAGCAGGGGACGCGGUGGUCAGUGGAGAAGAGGCGGCAGUGCUGGCGGUAAUGACAGCGGGAGUGUCGGGGAGCGGAGAGGUCGCGGGAGAGGCGGCCAUCACCGCGGGAGAGGGAAAAGAGACCAUUACCGCGGAAGAGGACGCGGUCUUCCCGAGGAUGGCGCUGCAGAUGUUUUUCGCCGAGGUCAAGAUGAACAUGAUGACAAAGAAAACGCUGAAGACGAGAUGCCAGCAAUCUAUUCCAGGAGAAAGCUGGAGUCCAACUGGGAUCGUUAUAAGGAAUCAGAGAAAGAGGAGGUGAAUGAUGAUGUUCCAGUGCACAGAGGGACAGACUAUCACGUCCUCCUCACUUCUGCAGGUGACUCCUUCACUCAGUUCAGGUUUUCUGAGGAGAAAGACUGGGAGAUGGAUUCACUAGGAACUAACCAGGUGCCUGCUCUGUUUGUGGACCUGGAGGUUUUAGCUCGGUCACUUCAGGAGCUGCCCCUGCACCACAAGCUUGACCUGGAGCCCAGUCUUGUUCAGGAGUCGACUCCAGUAGAACUCCCGUCAGUAGGGGUACUGAACAAAGUGAAUCCAAUCGUCGGUGGAUUUAAGCUUCCUGCUCCAGCAAAGUCGGGUCAAGAGCCAGGCUCACAUGGAUCGCGACCCGUGAAGCCUGUUCCAGGCACCAGCGUGUUCUCCCACACCUCCAAUGCAGUGAGCAGCCCUGGGGACGAUGCUGACGAGGAGCUGGACCUUCUCCUGGGACUACACAAACCUGUCGCAGUCCUUUCUUUAGCCGAGUCCGAGACUUCAAAUACCGUAGAGGACGUGUCUGCUGUCUCGGAGAAAGCUGCGGCACUGGUAGAGGAGCCGGAAGAAGAGGUGGUUGACGUGGAGCGUCGACAAACCGAAGCGGAGACUAAUAGGAACCAGCAGAAGCCUGAAGAGCAGCGGCGAAAAUCCGAGCCAGUAAAGCAGGAGCUGACCGAGGAAGAUCUGGAAGACUGGUUAGACAGCUUGAUCUCCUAAACAACCAAGAACAACUCCGAGUGUGUUUGAAAAGCGAUUCUGGAUAUGAACAAAUGCGUCUGCACGCCUAUCGAGGGAACCGGCACGUUGAGAGGUCCUUCAGAUCAGCUCUGGACCUCCAUCAAUAUUUCUGAUUAAAUGAAUAACCUGCUGUUAAUGUUCACCGAUGGAGGCAGAUGCCCUUCAGUAAGCGAGGCCGUUACUAAUGCGUGGGUGUGAAUCCGUGCGGUCUGGAUUAUGAGCUGUGUAUCUGUGCAGUAAACGACAGGUGGGAUUUAUUGCA